CCCCUCGCUUUGAACCAAUGCUGUGAACCGCCAGCUUUUUUAUUGUAUACAGAGAGCGUUGGAGAAGGACGAGAAGAAGGAGAAGCUGCAAAACAAAACAUCCAAAAAGCUCCAACUCAGCAGCUUCCCUUGAUCAGAAGCAGUCGAGCACCGAAAUGACCAUGUUCGUCAAAUUCCUCACCCUCGCCGCCGUCGUGUGCGCCACCCAGCAAGCCGAGCAGCUCAAAGUCACCAAGCAGGUCUACUUUGAUAUCAAGAUCGGCGAACGCGAGGCCGGGCGACUGGUGAUCGGCCUGUUCGGCGACACCGUGCCCAAAACGGUGGAGAACUUCAUCACCCUGGCCACCGUGGGCAUUGACGGCAAAACGUUCAAGGGCACCAAAUUCCACAGGGUCAUCCGCAGGUUCAUGAUCCAGGGUGGAGACAUCGUCAAGGGCGACGGCGCCGGCAGCACCAGCAUUUAUGGCAAAUAUUUUGCCGACGAGAACUUCGAAAUAAAGCACACCGCCCCAGGGUUUGUCAGCAUGGCUAAUGCAGGAAAAGACACAAAUGGUUGUCAGUUCUUUAUUACCACAGUGGAGACUCCUUGGCUCGAUGGACUACACGUUGUCUUUGGAAAAGUAAUUAAGGGUCAAAGUAUUGUGCACGAAAUUGAACUGGUGAAGACUGACACAGAAGAUCACCCAAUUGAAGACGUCGUCGUCAUCGACUGCGGAGAGCUGCCCUUGAAUUUGCCUCUCAUCAUCUCCGACCAGCCAUACGAACUGUGGCAGUGGGCGGAAGCGGCGGCAAUUCCACUUGGAUUCUCAUGCUUGAUUCUCUUCUUUUUCCACUGGGUAAUCAGACAACUAGACCGAUAUCUCGAGAAAGCAAAACAGGAUUAAUUUCUUACGAUUCAAAUAGCAAAAGCUAAAUUUAUUUAUCACCAGCGGCUUGAACAAUCUGCGCGUAUUUUGGCAUGUUUUUUUUUUAUACAAAAGCCAAAGAGUGGAGUAAAAAUGAAUAAAAGCGGAAUUAUGUACGUCCAGAUUUGAGAAUAAUCAAUUUUUUAACAAAAAAUAAAUAUAAAUAAGCA